GCCUCUCAAAAUUUCCCCUCUCGCCCUCCAUCGCGUCUCUCCUUUUCACCCAAACCCUCGCCUUUAUCUUCUUCACUUCUCCCUCUCUCUCUGUCUAAACCCUAGAAAUUUUGAUCUCCAACGAAUUGAGUUAGUCGAUUUCUUGCGACAGAGGCAUUCGAUUCUCAAGUGCUUUUAAUUGGAUAUCUAGGGUUUCUUGGUGUGCUGAAGUUGAAAUCUCGGUUCUUGUUCUCAUGAGAAGCAUUAGGGGAAUGCAGAAAUCGGUUUGCGGUCAAGAAAGCGUGCUGGGCUGGAAAGAAUCCUUCAGCCAAGGAAUUGGGAUCACGGCACCCAAGGUUAGAACACGCGAUAAACCUUUAGGAUCGAACCUUUGAGUUCAGAGGAGAAAGAACUAAUAACAAAAGAGAAGAAACGAAAAAAAGUUGAGAUCUUUCUUUAAUCUUCACGAUGACUCGGAUAUUAGUCCAGAGAGGUUCUGGCAGUUCCUCUUCGAAUCAGAAUCAGGGCCGGGCACCUUCGAGUUCACUGCCUCAGAGCUCUGCGCCUAAUGCUGCGUCUACCUCGAAGGAGGAUGAACAGGAAAGAGAAGUACUUCAAGAUCCUGGUUGCUUAGAUGUGGUUAUAGAGCAAACUGAGGGUCCCCAGGAUAAAUCCGUAGUGAUCUGUGAUGAAUUUUUGACGGAAAGCUCUCAGGGCACUAGAAUAAAUACUGGGUCUGGUGAAGCAGCUGACAAAGAAAAGUCUGAAAUUGAUGAAGCUGUAGAUUCUAUGAAAGAUCUGGAACUGGAAGAUUCGGGAGGUUCGCUUGUGGUCUCAUCUCAGAUUGUUCUUGGAGGCUCAAAUCCGCCGCCGCCGCCUGUGCCUCCCCCGAAGCCACCUGCUUCAAAUUUCAAUACGAGGAGAACACAUUCGAGUGGUAAUGCAGGAAGGGUUGAUUCUCCUAGAAGACAAUCUGGAUGGCCUGUUGUUUCAACUCGGUCGUCGCCUUCUGGGUCUCGGAUCUCUUCUCCAAGAGCAUAUGGUGAUGGUGAAGGUUACAACAGUGCGGAUGAACAGGGCCCUUGUUUUGUGUCUGCUUAUGAUGACGCUGAGCGAGAACGUAUGUUUGAGAUUGAGAUCAGGCGAACAAAGGGAUUAGAGGUUAAGAGAAUGCUGGAGGAUGGUAAUUGUUUAUUUCGUGCUGUUGCAGAUCAAGUUUAUGGCGAUCCAGAAGCAUAUGAUAUGGCUAGGCAAAUGUGCAUCGAUUAUAUGGAACGGGAGAGGGAUCAUUUCUCCCAAUUCAUAACUGAAGGUUUUACAUCUUAUUGCAAGCGGAAAAGGCGAGACAAGGUAUAUGGGAACAAUGUGGAGAUUCAGGCUUUCUGUGAAAUGUACAAUCGUCCUAUUCACAUUUAUUGUUAUAGUACGGAGCCUAUUAACAUCUUUCAGGGAAGCUAUAAUACAGACACACCUCCCAUAAGGUUAAGCUACCAUCAUGGUAAUCACUACAAUUCACUUGUUGAUCCACGCCGAAUGACUGUUGGCGCCGGUCUUGGAUUUAGCACUCUUAGAGGGACAAAUAUUGACGGGGAACAAGUGAAGGCUGCCAUAAGAGCCCAGCAAGACCAGCAGAUUGACAAUGCACUUCUGGCUGAGGGGCGAUUCUACUCUGAUUUGGAGCUCACUGAGAAGGAAAUGGAGCGCAUGGUAAUAGAGGCCUCAAGAGCCGAGUAUCUAGCUGAGGACAAGCUAAAGCAGCAGCAUGGCUUCAGGGAGUCCACUUCCGGGGCUGAACCAUCUUCUUCGGGAGCAACAGGAACAGGCACAUCGCAGGAUGCAUCACAACUGGUAGAGGAAAGGGAGAAGGAGAGCUCAGUUCUUACCAGUAGCAUGCAGAUAAUGCUGUCGAUGGGGUUCAGCUAUCUUCAGGUCAUUGAAGCGUACAGCAUCUUCGGAGACGAUGUUGAUUCCAUGGUUUGUUACCUGCUGGAGAUGGGAGGCAGCAGUGCUUCACCCGGAAGUAGUCGGCGCAAAGGGAAAGCAACCGAGUGAGCUAUGAGAAAUGUUGAAUAGGCUUGUGGGCAUGAUAAAUGUGCAAAGGAGAAGGAACUCUUUGCUUAAGCACUGGACGAUUUGCUAGCAUAAUAAAAGUUGUUUAGUGUUAACCAUUUUAUGGCUGAAGUAUCGUUCGUAAGACUUAUUAUGAUAUUGUUAUUUCAAAGCAUAUGCAGUAUUAUGUAUUUCUUACUCUGAAAGUCAUCAUUUUUAGUCAA